UUGUUGGUCUGCAACAUAGAAGACUGUUAUGAAUGACCAACUCAUACCCAAGGUUUCCUUAGCAAGACUAAUUCGAUACACUACAAGAAACUGUUACAAGGAAUUACAGAAACUUGUGGAAAACUGCCUGGACGAAGAAGGUACUGUAGCUAAGGUGUUGUUAUAUGAGUUUUUGUUGUCAGAGCGUUAUCGGUUUACACGUUUGUUAGUCUUGUUAAAGUGGUAUUGUCGAUAUGGAGGAGCUGAUGAGUUUUGUGAAGAGAAGAUUGCCGAAUCCUCGAGUUUAUUGGCUUUGUAUGAAUCGUCGGCAGAUGGACUUUGGACAGUGCACAAUAAACUUAGCGACGCUUGUCUUCCGCUGAUACCCAUUCAAAGCGCCACGGAAAUUCUCACUACUGGGGGCUACUCUAGACUACCAAGUAUCGUUUAUAGGAAUUUUGUAAGCAAGGAAUUCCUCCUAUCUUUAGAUGAAGGCAAAACUUCUCCCAGCGUUAUGCAGAACAAUGAUUGGAUGGGUCUUGUUUCCAGAGCUCUUCUCCAGUCUUGUCUUUCAAAGGAGAAUGACUUGCGUAUCUUUAAUUGGAAGGACAAACAAAGGGAACAGGCUGUUGAAGUUGGUAAUAGGCGUGGCGGUUGGUCUUUGGUGUUAAUGGCGACAAGGAUUGGUGAUCACUUUAGUUGGAAACUGCUUCAAGUCCGAGUGUAUAUUAGAGGUGCUUCACUUGGAGGAACUACAGAUCGACAAAGUAAUCAAGUUUCACAGUCUGUACUGUCGAAGGAACAAGAAUCAUAUUUGCGUGGAAUCUGUCAACACAUAUUGGAACAGAAUUGUGGUUCAGAAGAAGAGUCUAGAUUGUAUAUCUCUCAAGCAAUUGCAGAAUCGGGAAAGUUUUUGGAAGAAAAGAUCUGUGUUCCUUUGGCAUUGGAUAUCUUAAGACUUCAGGCAUUUAGACUUUCUAAGAAUCCUUUGUUCCUUUUCAAAAUUCAAAAGGAUAUAGAUGCAGUUUUAUUAAGGUUUUGGGAAGAUCCACUAUCGAGUUGUACCGAAAUUAGGAUUUCUUCAUUGAAAGAAGAUGAUGAUAUGAAGGAUGAGAAUAUAUCACAACAAAUUGUGGAAUAUCAGAAUGGUUGUUCUAUUUUCGUUGUAAGGAGAUGGCCUUUUUGUAUAUACAUGAGUCUGAUGGAUUCGAAGCAAAGGUCUGAUUCCUCCAAAGACUCACUUCUUCGUCAGGUUGUUAUGAACAAGAAAUCCACCAAAAUAUUGUCAAAGACAAUAUCAGAGCAAAUACUAGACAUUUCUGUUCAAAAAAUUUCCAUUGAAUCUAUUUUAUUUCAGUUGUUAGCUUUCAAGUGUCAAUUUCUGUUGGAAAGACUGAAGGAUGACCUUACAAGUCGACAAGGUCAGGAAUUGGAUGCGAAACAAAUUUCUCUUGAGUAUGAGAGCGUUUAUCUUGGUGAUAGAGAAGAGGCUGUCAAAGUAGCCUAUCUAAUAGUUGAGAUUUCAAAAAGUCUUGUCAUUCGAAUACAAAUGAGUCUGAUUUCGGGAAAGCUUUGCUGCUAUACGUACGAAGGAUAUGCUUGGAUUAAGGAUAAACGUCGUUCUACUGGAUAUACAGAAUUCUCUUCCAUGGACUACUCUGGUAUUGUGCAGUUUAUCAUUGAUCAUCAAAAGUGUAUUGUGAGAACUUCCACGUAUUGUCAAACGAAAGCAGUCUCUUUGGUGAUAAAGGAAGAUUAUUUCACUCCACGGUCUCUCAAUGAAAAGCUGAUGAACGCAGUGUGGGAUAAAUAUGGAUUAUCUUGUUAUGCAGACUUAGAUACAUGUAUAGCACUCUCCCCGAUUGGUUGGUUUGGAACAAAUGAAAGUAAGCGCUCUCUUAGAAGCGAAGGUUAUGAGUUUUACUGCGACACUUUGACUCCAUAUAAUCUUUUCUUUGUCUAUCAAAAGGAUUUUCAUAGUAGUUGGUUGCUAACUCACAGUUUAAAUGCUUGUUUGGGUGCUCGAUGGUUGGCAAUCAUAGAGACAAGAAAAAGACAACGUGAACUAGAGACGGUCUUGGAAGUUGCUCCAUUAGAAUGGAGUUUUCAACAACAGCUGUUUGAUAGCAAUGUAAAGGAUAAUUGCCAUAAUGGCUUUUCAUAUCCUGUAGAAGAAAACAGCAUGCGAAACAUUCAUGUAAUGAGGCCAUUAAGUAUCCCUGCGGAAAAGGGAGUAUUUUAUAACAGUAGCUCGGGUAUUCGUAGGAUUUGGUUCGACUUGGCUUUUUCGUUAUUAGAUGAAGGUUAUGGCUUAAGUUGGAAGCGUUUAUUACGACGCUUUUCCGAGGUGCCAUGGCCGGAGAAUCAAGGUGUUCGUUUAUGGCACUUUGGGGGACAAAACUUGAAAGCCAGUCUAAUACUGACAUACGCACACGGUCAUGUAUGUUUGAGACGCGUUACUGGAGAUAUUUUUAUCGCUCAACAGAUGUCUAAACUUAUUAGAAGAAUAUCUGCUUACCCAAGUCAGUUUAUGGAUUUAGUGUGGAAGAAUUGGCGAGAAUUAGUGGUCGUGAGCAGGCCAUUGUGUAAGAAUAUAACUUUGUCCAGUGCAAGUACAGGGCUAAUGAAGCAAAUCCCUUCAGUAUAUAUCAGGGUUGACUUGAGACGUCAACAUACUUCCCGUUCGAUGAUGAUUGGUACUGAACAAGUGAAAGGAGAAGGAAGGACUAUUGCUGAUUUCAAGGCUAAUAACAAAGUGAAUUCGACUGAAGCCAAAUUGCAACGUCAACGAAUGUUAUCACAGAGCAUACAGCAUGAGUUGCCUUUGCCAACCAUCCAAAUUUUUCCGCUCACACAGUUCUCCAAAGAUGCAUGUGAACUUUUGGAAGAAGUCUUGUCCUGGAGCCCGAAUCAUAUGGACCAUUAUUUAGACAUACUCUUAGACCAUAUUUGUUUUAUAGUUGCAUGUCUCAUGUUGCUUGGCAAUCGAUGUUUCAUUUCUUGGUCUUCUUUGUUUCGAUUCGAAAUAUCUCUACCCAUCAUAAAAGAGAAAGAACGUGUAAUGUUUUGUGGCUUCGAAGUAGGCUGUGAAGAGUCGCCCAAGUCUAUUCUUUUGAAGAAUCUUGGUCACUAUAUGAAAUCUCCAAACGUCGGAGGGCCAGCAACAACAAACAAAGACAAGCCAAGUGGCGGUAGUAGUGGGAGGGUGCCGGUUAACGUUAAUCGAGCUUCUCUACUAUGGAGUGGACUUCAGUAUAUCAUUUCUACCAGCAAAGAUGAACUUUCCGUAACAGUUCCUAAAGAUGAUCAAAUACUAUUGAGAAAAGAAGAUUUGCCUAUCAUUUUUGAAAGACUUGUUCGUUUUCUAGAACAGAAUAAAGCAACCUCCACUGCAAUGAGAGGUCGAUAAAAUUGUCUAGUCAAAAAGGUUCAUGUG